AUGAGACGAUUAUCUUUUUUUAAGUUAUUUUUAUUAAUAUUUUUUUGUGUAGUUCUAUUAUACAUUUUCUCCUCAAAAUAUGAAAAAAGCAACAUAAAUAAUGUAACAGUAACUAAAUCCUGGAAUUUUCAUAAGACAGAAAAAAUAGUUGUAUCAUUUGUUGUUUGUGAUGCAAGAUUUAAUGAAUCCUUAAAUGUUAUUAAAUCUGUUUUAAUCUUCACAAAAUCCCCUGUUUAUUUUGUAAUAUUUUCUGAAGACAAUCUAAGAAGUAAAUUUAACGAAACCCUUACAAAAUGGAAAAGUAUUUUAUACAGUCAACUUGAAUUUGAAUUGCAAAGGAUAAAAUUUCCAGAAGCACAUGAAGAAGAUUGGAUGAAUUUAUUUAGUAAAUGUGCAGCCCAGAGAUUAUUUAUUCCUAAAUUAAUACCUCAUAUAGAUUCCAUGAUAUAUGUGGACACUGACACAUUGUUCCUUGGACCUAUUGAUGAGCUAUGGCAAACUUUUAGAAAGUUUAAUAGUUCUCAAAUAUCAGCAAUGGCUUUAGAAGAUGAUAACCCAAAUGUUUCCUGGUAUCCACGUUUUGCUAAGCAUCCCUUUUAUGGAAAAUAUGGUUUGAAUUCAGGAGUUAUGCUUAUGAACUUAACGAGAAUGCGAGAUUUUGGAUGGGUAGAAUAUGUUACGCCUAUCAUGUUGAAAUGGAAAUUAUAUAUUCCUUGGGGAGAUCAAGAUAUAAUAAACAUAAUAUUCCAUUACCAUGAGCGAGCCGUGCACGUCCUAUCGUGUCGGUACAAUUACCGAUCAGACCAAUGUAUGUAUGGCGACGCUUGUGCAGAUGCUACGGAAUCAGGCGUUUUCAUCAUUCACGGCAGUCGACGAGCCUUCCACAACCACAAACAGCCUGCUUUUGAGGCAAUUUAUACGGCCAUCGACGAGUAUGAAAUCGGGACUGAUCCAAUGAAAAUGUUGACAAAUAUGGAUAAAUAUUUAACCGAUGCACCUCAAUCGCACUGCGGUAAUCUAAAGGACGCUUUUCUCAAAGUACCUCAACAAACAUUGACAAAAAUGUAUCCGAGACCUGAUAGA